AUGUCACCAUUACCAUACCGUAUCGUUCGUUUUUUAUUCCAAAUCUCAAGUAAUGCAUUUUAUGCGGUUGAGGUUGACGGAUUAGAAAACAUUCCUCCAGAUGGAUGUCCAACAAUUCUUUGCCCAAAUCAUUCAAAUUCUUUAACCGAUUCUAUUUUAUUAUUGAGUUCGGUGCCUCCUGAAAAAAGGGACAUGAUUCGGAUGACCGCAAAAGAUACUUUUUGGCAUAAAACUGAUGCAUUUAGUUUAUUUAUAAAGAGUGUCGGUACAGUUCCUAUUAAGAGAGCAAAGAUCCUUACUCGUAAUAAGGAUAAAGAGGACUUUUCAGUUAAUUUACUAACGGUCUCGAUCGUUUAUAACCACCGUGAAAAAUUCCGAUCGAAUGUGUUGGUGCAAUUCAAUCCACCCAUCGUUCUCACACCAAAGCAUCAAAAUCUCUUAAAAACAAUUACAGAAGAUGGUAGGAGGCGUAGUAGUGAACAAGCGAUAAAUGAAUUAACGAACGCAAUGGAAGAAAUGAUUCGUUCAAAUUCUCUGGAUUCGCCUGAUUGGCAAACUUUAAGAAUCGCUCAUACUGCAAGAAAAUUAUAUGCCGGAGAACUUGGAACCAGAAUUUCUUUUUCAGAAUAUGUCAAAUUGACGAAGAAAUUCAUUGAUCUUAUGUCUAAAGUCAAGACGGUUGAGAACGGUAUUUCCGAGGGUUCGAGUAAUAAUAUCCCAAAUGGUACUAGCAUUUUGGAUGAGAAAGAAUUCAUCGUAGAACGUGUCGAUGCGGGAAAUUUGUUAACCGUGGAUAAUCCCGAAACUGCAAAUGAAAAGAUCUCUCAUCAAGGAGUUGAUUUGGCAAUUUUAUCUAGAGAUUUGACCGCAUAUCAAGAUCUUCUGGAUUCACGUGGAAUUAAAGAUUAUAGAUUUAGCAAUCCCAUCCCACUCUCUAAACCUGCGCUUAUAUUUCGUAUUUACUUGCGUGUUAUUUGGGCAUUCGUCCUUGCAUCCCUCUCACUACCUGGUUGGGCUUUGUGGUCGCCUGUAUUUAUUGCCGUCAAGUACAAAGAAUAUCAAAUUCGUAAAUUACCCAUAGAAGAGAACCUUGAUGAGAUUGCUCAAUACAAAUUACUCAUCUCCGCAAUUUUACUCAUUCCAAUUUAUUUGAUCGCAUGUUUCUUUACACUUCCAUUUAUUCUUAUCACAUCGUGGUUAAUUCCAUUAUUGAUGUGGUUAACUAUAAGAUGGACGGAAGAUUUAUUCCAGUCCAUGAGAUCUUGUAUUUCACUCACCAAAUUAUUAUUAUUACCACUUUCCGAAUAUAGUGAGAUUCGUUCUAUAAGGGAAAAUAUUAGAAUGAGAGUACAAGAAUUAGCUGUUCACGAAUUGGGAUUACCUGAAAAUCCGGAGAAUUUAAUUAGUAAAGCUAGACCCCGAGGAAUGGGAUACUUUAGUAUUAGGAGGAGGAGAAAGAAAGAUUAUAAUGAAGUUUUAAGGUUAUGGGAUGUUUCAGCCUAUGAAUGA